AAGCAAAUCAUUUCAUCGUUGACUUUUCAGCUGAUAACUUGUCGAUUAAAAGAAAUACAUGGAUUUCAAAAUAUUUUCACUAUUAACUCUAAUUUUUUGUUCUUAUUCUGUGACACAUGUCUCGUGCGAUUGCUAUAUUACACUCGAUCAAAAUGAGUCGCUGAGGCCGAAAUUGUACAGAAAUAUCGGCACUCGUAAAGCUUUAGUCCAUACCGAAAGUCUUUCCUAUCGACUCAAUGAAAAUGAAGUGAUAACGGUCGAUUGUGAAACACGUGUUCUAAGACCCUCCCAAUUCGCCGGCAAACGUAGCAUCAAUUGCAAAUGUAGUGGGAAUUACAUUUAUAUAGAUAAUCAUAACUUCAAUUCACAUUUUCUGAUUUGGUGCGAUGCUGUAAAAUGGAAUCUAUACGAAUCCUCAAAACCAUUUAGCUGGUGUCCCAAACCCCUGGCAUCCUACUUAUUGGCGAGACCUCUGAAUAAAAUCUAUGAAUAUUUAGCUGCUGUUUGUUACAACUUUGACCAGCAACAAAUCUUGAAUUUACAUUAUGCUGCGGAAUAUCAGACGUCGCUAUAUUUGUAUCCGAAUCGACUACAAAACUAUUCCCCAUCUGUGGAAAUUCUAGAUAUACCCAAUAAAUUUAUACCACAUCGCAUUAACCCCAGUCAUUUCAAAAAUGCGGAAGUUCGAGAAUGGAUGCAAUUUUCCCAAUAUGAAAAUCAUUCCUUAAUUCAAGAUCCGAUUUUAUAUAGAAAAUCUUAUGGCAAAUUGGGUGGCCUCCUAGAAUUGGAUUGGUGGCCAAAUUUGCGUUUGGGAAACUGGCGUCUCUAUGAGAGGGCUUUAAGAGAACACAUUGAAGCGGAUAAGGCGAUCUACGAUAUUUUGGCUGGUACAUCGCAUAUCGUUGGGGUACCUUCUUUUGAAGGGGCCUGUGGUGAAAAUUACACCAUGGUCAGUGUACAAUAUUCGGAUAAUAAAUAUAUCCCAAUGUACGUAUGGCAGUAUCUGAAAUCUGUCAAGGGAAAUGGCACUGAUGUGGUGGUGAUUGGUGUAAAUUCAGCAUUUGUGGACUUCUAUAAGGAGGAGAAAUUGAUUUUCUGCACCGACAUUUGUCAUAAAAUUGAUUGGUUAAAAUCGGCUCGAUCCAGUUUCCGUUACAAAUCGUUGGGCCUGAUCUUCUGUUGUGAUGCCAAAGAAGUAAAAAAGGCGCAGCACUUGGAAGGAUUUCCCUUGCCCAUAAAGCCUGUAGUUGCUGUAGCACAACUACCACCGCUGCCAUCAAAUCCGGUCAUAGUGAAGUAUGAUGAUUUUAAUGAACCAAUAACUGAAGAUUAUGCUGAUUCCGAAUAAAUAUUCAAAUUUAGGAUAUGAUAAAUUUAUGCAAAACAAAAAAAAAAUCAUUUAUAAAAUCAGACUUUUCAUUCUAAAAAAAAUUCCAAAAAAUGUACAUAAGUGUAUAUGACUUUGUAGUUUGCUCCAUAUAUAUAAUAAAUAUUCAAAACUGCUUGGCAAUUUCAAAUUUC